AUGCCAAAGUUAGUUUUAGUCAGACACGGUCAAUCGGAAUGGAACGAAAAGAACUUGUUUACUGGUUGGGUUGAUUGUAGAUUAUCUGAAACCGGUAAAAAAGAAGCCAAGAGAGCUGGUGAAUUGAUUCAAGAAGCAGGUAUCAAGCUUGAUAUUUGCUAUACUUCACAAUUGUCGAGAGCCAUUCAAACCGCUAACAUUGCUUUGGAAGCAGCUGACCAAUUAUGGCUUCCAGUGAAGAGAUCCUGGAGAUUGAAUGAAAGACACUAUGGUGCUUUACAAGGAUUGGACAAGGCCAAUACUUUGGAAAAAUACGGAAAAGAAAAGUUCCAAACCUGGAGAAGAUCAUUCAAUGUUCCACCACCACCAAUUGCUGCUGAUGGUGAAUAUUCCCAAAUUGGUGAGAGAAGAUACGAAAACAUUGACCCAGCUUGUAUUCCAUUAGCUGAAUCUUUGGAAUUGGUUAUCGUUAGAUUAUUGCCAUACUGGCAAGACGAAAUCGCCCGCGAUUUAUUAGACAAUAAAGUCGUUAUGGUUGCCGCACACGGUAACUCAUUAAGGGCUUUGGUCAAACAUUUGGACAAUAUCUCAGAUGAAGAAAUUGCUGGUUUGAACAUUCCAACUGGUAUCCCAUUGGUCUACGAAUUGGACGAGAAUUUGAAACCAACUAAACCUGCUUACUACUUGGAUCCCGAAGCCGCUGCUGCUGGUGCCGCCGCUGUUGCCGCUCAAGGUCAAAAGAAAUAA